AUGGUGAAGAUCGGGGUCCAGCAGCCGCCGGCGGCUCUGAAGGCGGAGAAGGAGCAGGCGGGGGCCGAUGGGGCGGGGGUCGCUGUGCCGCUGCCUGCGGGCACCGAGGAGCCAGGAGCCGUGGUGCCAGGACGGAGGUCAUCGCUCAGCCGGGUCUGCUACCUGACCAUGGGCCUGCUCGUCCUGCUCCUGGGCCUGGUCUUUGCAUCCAUGUAUGUGUACAGAUACUUCUUCAUCACCCAGCUGCCCCACGAGCGCGUGUUUCCCUGCCGUGUCCUGUACGAAGACUCGCUGUACUCGCCGUUCAAAGGGCAGCUGGAGUUGCACGAAGAUGUCAAGAUUUACCUGGAGGAGAACUAUGAGCAAAUCAAUGUCCCAGUGCCCCAGUUUGGAGGGAGUGACCCAGCAGAUAUCAUCCACGAUUUCCAGCGAGGUUUGACUGCUUAUCAUGACAUAACUCUGGAUAAGUGCUACGUCAUCGAGCUGAACACCACUAUUGUGAUGCCUCCUCGCAACCUGUGGGAGCUGCUGGUUAACGUGAAGAAAGGGACAUACCUGCCUCAGACAUAUAUAAUUCAGGAGGAGAUGAUUGCGACCGAGCACGUCAGUGACAUGGAGCAGCUCGGCUCCUUCAUCUACCGCCUCUGCAGCGGCAAGGAGACCUACAGGCUGAAGCGGAGGAGCGCGAGGAGACGUAUCAGUCGACGCGAGGCUGGAAACUGUCGUCGUAUUCGUCACUUGGAAAACACUUUUGUGGUCGAAACUGUUAUCUGCACAAAGUCAUGAAGCCACUCUCCUGAUGCAACCUUCCUUGGCUUUGCUUGCACACACAUGCUCUCAGCCCUCUCUUUAGACAUGGUAAUCUGUCUUACUUUUUUUUACUCCCUGCCCUGCUUGUGCAGCUCUAACCUCUUGGGUCUGUUGUGGCCUCACAGUGGAUUCUCUCCUCUCCCUGCUACCUACCUGAGACAUUUUCUGGGCUUAAAUUUACACAGUGGUCAAAGAUAACGUGGGAGUAGAUGCAGCUUCUUCCACACCACCAGAUGGGAAUCUCUUUUAGAAGCAGUUUUGGGGUAGAAGGGAUGGCUGAGAAAUAGGAGUGCUGGGAAACAGGUGCUCUUCUGCUGGCUGAGCCAUUUCAGGCUGGUGCAGUGCUUUGAGGCUGCCUUGACACCACAACAGGAGGUGUAUGUCCAAGGGGAGGGUUACCAUUUUGAUGCUGUUGUAAUGACCAGAAAUAUGUAACCAGAUGCAGUUAGGAAAAGAACAUUUGUGAGGCUAUGGACAGACUGAUUCAGAAAGCUCAGCAGAGGAGGGGGGGUUUCUGCCCAAACCAUACUGUGGUUGUCCCAGCUUGCUUUCUGCUGUCCCCAUGAAGAUGAGAUUUCUGUGUUGUUUUUAUACUGGCUCCCAGACUCACCUCUCACCACGUCUUCUCAACACAGUGGGGCUCAGUGUGACCCACGGAGCAGUGCAGGGUCUCCUAGUGGGUGUCCAGGGUGGGCAGAAGGCCAGGGCAAGGGACAGUGAGGUGGGCUGGGAAUGAUACUGGUAACACAGCACCAGUGUGGCCAGUUCUGCUUGCCUGGGAAAAUGAGUUAUGUUCACACAGGUCUUUCUUCCGGCGUCGCUGAGAUCCCAUCUGUGUGCAGAUGGGGGGCCGUGCCUACGUACGAGGUGGUGUCAGCAGCAGAACUGGUAGUUACUGGCAAGUGCUGAAGAAGAAUUUUUAUUUUUUUUAACAGAGAAGGCGGAGUGGGGGGAUUCUUGUGUAACUCCUCUGAUGAAAGCUGUUUUGAGAGCAAAUUACUGUAGCCCAGCCAUGUAUCAAAUUGCCUUCAAGCACUGUUGUAGUACAGAUAUUGAUACAAGGCAAGAUUCAGCUGAUCAAUACACUGCAGAGAAACUGUGUGAACAAAACUGUAUUUCUGUUGAUCAUCAGACAGAAGAAUUGCAGAGUGAUUAAAUAUUCUUCCCUCUGUUCCAUAAAUAUAGUUAAAACUAAUUAGGUUCUUGAAAUACAGGCAGUUUUUUGGCUUGAAAGAAUGGGGUGAGUUUCAACUUGGCACAUUGUAGUUAAUUGGUUUCCAGCAAAUCUGAACUUGUUCACCAUCUGUUGAAAUGAGCUUGUUGUUUUAGAAUAGGGAGGAUAAAGUAAAUUUAAGAACAAUCAUUAACUCAGCAGAACCAAAAAAAUAAUUGAAUAUGUUUUAGAAUAAAACUUUUAAGUAAUAAUGCUGUGAGUUAAUGAUGUGAAAACAAAACAGGAUCUCAAAAUGGUCAUGUAAUGCAAUAGCAAUUAGUAUGUCCUUAGAGGCUGAAAAUGAAUUUUUUUUUUUUUUUUUUAUAAACACAGUCAACUAUAAACAUUAAGUUUUAACUUGCUACUAGCCCUAACCUUUCAUUAUGGAGUGGAUGACAAGAAGGGUCAGAUCACUGAUGAGCUUAACGGAAGUACCACAAACUGGUAAAUUUAAGCCCUGUGUUUCUCUUCAUUUUUAGGAACCUAAGCCUGCACUCAGGUGAGCACACACACCUUUUCCCCCCUUCCUUCUGAUUCUGCAUGAAUUAACUGGUCAUUGAAUAUGCUAACUCUGUGCAAUCCCACAGCUGUAAGGACAAACCUUGGUUCUUUGAGGUGAGCUAACAUGGUGACUGUUCCAUAGGAUGAGAAUGCAGUUGUCUAGAAAGAAGAUAUAAGAUGCUUUGUAUAUUUUGUCUGGUGGGACUCUUACUUCUUAGGAAAAAUCCAUGGGAUAAUAAAAUCUUUUACCUCUGA